UCCUGUGCAUGAAAAACCAUGCAAAUGAAACUAUUACUCUUCUUUCUGAGUACAUUCCCUUUGAUUUUUGCUUUAAAUCAAGAUGGGUUGUAUCUACAAAAACUGAAACACUCUUUGUCAAGCUCAGAUCAAGGGGUAUUUUCUACUUGGUAUGAAAAUGAUCCUACCCCAUGUAACUGGACAGGUGUCACCUGUAAUGACGCCGGAGAUUCUCCCUCCGUCGUCGCUGUUAACCUCUCCGGUGCUUCUCUUGCCGGACCCUUUCCGGUUUUCCUCUGCCAUCUUACUUCGCUUUCGUCACUCUCGCUUUCGAAUAAUCUUAUCAAUUCUACUCUUCCAUUUUCUAUUUCUGAAUGCCGUAGCCUCACGUACCUUGACCUUUCUCAGAAUCUCAUCGGUGGAACUAUCCCCGACACUAUUUCCGAUCUUCCUUACCUCAGGUACCUUGAUCUUAGUGGAUGCUAUUUUUCGGGGAAUAUUCCGGCAAGUUUCGGAAGAUUCAGGCAACUGGAGACUCUUAUUCUGACUGAGAACAUUCUUACUGGUGAAGUUCCUCCUGCAUUAGGUAAUGUAACGAGUCUCAAGACACUUGAACUUGCUUACAACCCUUUUUCGCCGAGUCAGUUUCCUCCUGAACUCGGUAACUUGACGAAUCUUGAGAUAUUAUGGCUAAGCAUGUGUAAUCUUGUUGGUUCAAUUCCAAAGAGUAUUGAGAAAUUGAGUCGAUUGACUAAUUUUGAUGUGUCCAAUAAUGGACUGGUUGGGUCAAUACCAAGUGCAAUUUUACAGCUUAAUAGUAUUGUUCAAAUUGAGCUCUACAAUAAUUCCCUCACCGGAGAAUUGCCUUCGGGAUGGUCUAACUUGACCAGGUUGAGAAGAUUCGAUGUGUCGACUAACAAGUUAAAUGGGACUAUUCCUGAUGAGUUGUGUGAGUUGCCACUUGAGUCACUCAAUUUAUUUGAGAAUCAAUUUGAGGGGUUUCUUCCAGAAAGUAUAGCUAACUCUCCGAAUCUGUACGAGCUUAAGUUAUUCUCUAACAGAUUUUCUGGUUCAUUGCCUAGUGAACUGGGGAAGAACUCGGCUUUACAGUAUCUUGAUGUUUCAUACAAUACAUUUUCUGGUAAAAUUCCUGAAAGUUUGUGUGAGAUGGGAGCUUUAGAGGAUCUUAUAGUGAUAUAUAAUUCGUUCUCUGGGAGUAUUCCGGCUAGUCUUGGCAACUGCCGGAGUUUACUUAGGGUCAGGUUUCGGGCUAAUAAGCUAUUCGGGGAAGUCCCAACUGAGUUUUGGAGUUUGCCUCAGGUUUAUCUCUUAGACCUUUUUGGCAAUGCAUUUUCAGGAAAUAUAUCACACAUGAUUUCUGGUGCCAAAAAUUUGUCUAACCUACAAAUAUCAAGAAACAAAUUCUCAGGGGUUAUACCUAGUGAAGUAGGAAAGUUGAAGAACUUGGUUGAGUUUUCCGCGAGUCAUAAUGAGCUAACGGGAGAACUUCCAGACACAUUAGUGCAGCUAGGGCAGUUAGGAACCCUUGAUCUUAGUUUCAAUGAGCUAUCAGGGAAAAUCCCCUUCGGAAUUCACACAAUGAAGCAACUCAGUGAGCUUGACUUGGCAAACAAUGGAUUUUCUGGGGAAAUUCCGGAGGAAAUUGGGACUUUGCCAGUGCUUAAUUAUCUUGAUCUUUCUGGGAAUUACUUCUCAGGGGAAAUCCCACUCAGUCUGCAAAGCUUGAAGCUUAAUAAGCUAAAUUUGUCUAAUAAUCAGCUGUCAGGGAUGAUUCCUGCAGUUUUUGAUAAGGGUGUUUAUAGAGACAGCUUUCGAGGUAAUCCAGGUUUGUGUCAAGGUGUUGCUGGUCUUUGUCCUACCAAAGGUAGAGGACAGCAUGAAGGAUACUUAUGGACUUUGAGAGCUAUCUACACAGUUGCUGGCUUCGUUUUCCUUGUCGGGAUUGCUAUGUUCAUUUGGAAGUAUCAGAAAUUCAAGAAGAUUAAGAAAGGAAACACUAUGACAAAGUGGACAUCAUUCCAUAAGCUUGGAUUUAGUGAAUUUGAAAUACCCGUUGGCCUAGAUGAAGCUAAUGUAAUUGGCAAUGGAGCUUCAGGAAGAGUGUAUAAAGCUGUCCUAAGCAAUGGUGAGGCAGUAGCUGUCAAGAAGCUAUGGGAGAGAACAGUUAAAGAUGAAACCCCUUAUGGUGCUCUUGAGUCUGAUAAAGACGAGUUUGAAAUUGAAGUUGAAACUCUGGGUAAAAUUAGGCACAAGAAUAUUGUGAGAUUGUGGUGCUGUUGCGAUACCGGGGAUAGCAAGCUCUUGGUAUAUGAGUACAUGCCAAAUGGAAGUUUGGGCGAUUUUCUUCACAGUUGCAAGGCCAAAUUGUUGGAUUGGCCAUUGAGGUUCAAGAUAGCUUUAGAUGCUGCUGAGGGGCUCUCUUAUUUGCACCAUGGUUGUGUUCCUCCAAUUGUUCACCGUGAUGUUAAGUCAAACAACAUAUUGCUGGAUGAUGAGUUUGGAGCCAAAAUUUCAGAUUUUGGUGUGGCAAAAAUUGUUAAAGCAGGCAGCAAAGGUGACGUUGAAUCCAUGUCUGUAAUUGCUGGUUCCUGUGGUUACAUUGCACCAGAGUAUGCAUAUACUCUUCAUGUGAAUGAAAAAAGUGACAUAUAUAGCUUUGGAGUGGUCAUUUUGGAGCUGGUGACAGGCAAAAGACCAGUCAGUCCAGAAUUCGGGGAGAAAGAUCUAGCUACUUGGGUACACACGACGUUGAACGAGAAAGGAGUUGAUCAGUUGCUCGACCCAAAUCUAAACUCCAGCUUCAAAGAACAUAUAUGCAAGGUUCUUGAUGUUGGUCUACGUUGUCUUAACCAAACUCCAGCUAAUCGCCCCUCAAUGCACAGAGUGGUGAAAAUGAUCCAAGAGUCAGUUCCUUAUAAUGUGCCAGAAAUGGAAAACAAGAAUGGUAAACUUUCCCCUCACUUUCCAAAGUCAGUCUAGUUAAUAUAUUAGAUCAAGUAAUAGAAGCAGGAGUGUUUCUUGUCAAGAAUUGGCAAGGAAGAAGCUGCAUAAUGAAAAAUUAGUAGUCUUUUUCAAGAAUUAAGCAUAUUGUACUCUUUGAAUUCUACAACCCUUUAUGAAUCUAUAUUACGAGGAUUCAUCAU